CUCUCUCUCUCUCUCUCUGCGUUUUCUGGUUUAUGAAGAAGAGAAAAAACGUAAGGUGAAAAAGUUUCAUAAAUCCUUUCUGGCUCUUCUUCUUCUUCUUCACCUUCUUCUCUAGUCUCAACCAUAAUCGCUCACACCUCAGAAGAAGCAUCAUCACCAUAAUCGUCACAGCUUUCUCGUCCAUUUCUUCCAGUUGAAGAAGAAGAAGAAGAAGAAGGAAGACUUAGCCUAAUUCGACGACUCAACGAUCCUGCUCGGACUUCGGUGAUCUCUGCUCGGAGCUGAGGGAUUGGAAUUUUGAGGAAUCGGUUCGGGUUUGAAAUCGGAGCCGGAGGCAUGAUUUGAGAGGUUUCGAGAAGGUUGAAGAUGAAGAGGUCUCGAGACGACGGUUAUAUAAGCUCGCAAGUUAAACGGCCCGUGGUUACUUCUCGUGGAGAGCCGUCGGGGCAGCCCCAGAUGAUGCCUCAGACGAUGACGACACAGACACCAACAGCUUCCCAGAAACUAACAACGAAUGACGCCUUGUCAUAUCUAAAGGCGGUGAAGGAGAUAUUUGAAAACAACAAGGAAAAGUAUGAAGACUUUCUUGAAGUUAUGAAAGACUUCAAAGCUCAAAGAGUUGAUACCGCGGGGGUGAUACAGAGAGUGAAGGAUUUAUUUAUAGGGCAUCGAGACCUUAUAUUAGGUUUCAAUACCUUCUUGCCAAAGGGAUAUGAGAUCACUCUCCCUCUCGAUGAAGAACAACCUCCUCCAAAGAAGCCUGUUGAAUUUGAAGAAGCUAUUAGUUUUGUCAACAAGAUUAAGACGCGAUUUCAACAUGAUGAUCAUGUUUAUAAAUCCUUUCUAGACAUUCUGAAUAUGUACCGAAAGGAAAGCAAGUCGAUUGCAGAAGUUUACCAGGAGGUCUCAGCACUUUUCCGAGACCAUGCAGACUUACUUGUGGAGUUUACUCACUUUUUACCUGAUAAUUCAGCAACAGCCUCGACCCAGUUUGCUCCAUCUCAAAGAAACUCGAUGCUUCGUGAUAGGAGCUCUGCCAUGCUCCCUAUGCGGCAAAUGCAUGUUGACAAGAAAGAAAGGCCCGUUGGUUCUUACCCUGAACAUGAUCUAAGUGUUGACCGUCCUGAACCGGACCAUGAUAGAGCUAUGAUGAAAGCUGAGAAAGAGCAAAGGAGGCGUGGCGAAAAGGAAAGGGAGAGGAGAGAAGACAGAGAAAGACGAGAAGAAAGAGAUUUUGACCAUGAUGGCAGUAGGGAUUUCAACAUGCAGCGUUUUCCACACAAACGAAAAUCUACUCGUAGGAAUGAAGACUUGGCUACUGAGCAAUUGCAUCAAGGUGGGGAAGACGUCGAAAAUCUUGGAGCACAUCUCAUUUCAUCAUCUUAUUCUACAAAAAGCAUAUAUGGCUCGGAGAGUGCCUUCUGUGAGAAGGUGAAGGAAAAGUUACGGAAUCCUGAUGAUUACCAGGAGUUUUUGAAGUGCCUUCAUAUUUAUAGCAAGGAAAUUAUAACCCGAGCUGAAUUGCAGUCACUGGUGCGUGAUUUACUGGGAAAAUAUCCUGAUCUUAUGGACGGAUUCAAUGAAUUUUUGUCCUGUUGUGAGAAGAAAGAUGGGUUCCUUGCCGGUGUCAUGAGUAAAAAAUCUUUGUGGAAUGAAGGCAAUGUACCAAAAUCAGUGAAGGUAGAUGAUAAGGAUAGAGAUAGAGAUAGGGAUCGUGAAAGGGAUGACAUGGUUAAAGAAAGAGAGCGUGAAAAUCGAGAAAGGGAUAGGCCUGAUAGAAAUGGUGCCUUUGGAAAUAAAGAAAUCGGAGGCCAGAAGAUGUCUAUAUUUUCCAGUAAGGAGAAAUAUCUGUCAAAACCUAUUAAUGAGCUCGAUCUCUCUAAUUGUGAGCGUUGCACUCCAAGCUAUCGUCUUCUGCCAAAGAAUUAUCCAAUACCUUCUGCUAGCCAAAGAACAGAGCUUGGUUCUGAAGUACUUAAUGACCAUUGGGUGUCUGUUACUUCUGGAAGUGAGGAUUAUUCUUUCAAACACAUGCGCAAAAACCAGUAUGAAGAGAGCCUGUUUCGGUGUGAAGAUGAUAGGUUUGAAUUAGAUAUGCUAUUAGAGUCUGUGAAUGUAACAACCAAGCGUGUUGAAGAACUAUUAGAAAAGAUCAACAACAAUACCAUUAAAACUGAGAAUCCAAUCCGUGUAGAAGAAUACUUCACAGAUCUGAAUCUAAGGUGUGUUGAGCGAUUAUAUGGUGACCACGGGCUUGAUGUGAUGGAUGUGUUGAAGAAAAAUGCUUCACUAGCUUUGCCUGUUAUAUUAACACGCUUGAAGCAAAAGCAAGAAGAGUGGGCAAGGUGUCGCUCUGAUUUUAACAAAGUCUGGGCUGAUAUAUAUGCCAAGAACUAUCACAAGUCACUUGAUCAUCGUAGUUUCUACUUCAGGCAACAGGACUCAAAGAGUUUAAGCACCAAAGCCUUGUUGGCGGAGAUUAAAGAGAUGAGUGAGAAGAAGCGGAAGGAAGAUGAUGUUCUUCUUGCUAUUGCUGCUGGAAAUAGACGACCUCUUAUUCCAAAUUUGGAAUUCGAGUACCCUGAUCCAGACAUCCAUGAAGAUCUGUAUCAACUCAUCAAAUAUUCUUGUGGAGAAGUUUGCACAACUGAACAAUUGGACAAAGUACUGAAGAUAUGGACAACCUUCCUUGAGCCAGUGCUUGGUGUUCCUCCCCGGCCUCCGGUUGCAGAAGAUACUGAAGAUGUUGUGAAGGCAAAAACUGAUGCUGACAAAAAUGGUGCGGUGAGUGGGGGAGAGAGUGAUGAUAGUCCAGAUGGGGGGGCUACUGCAGCAAAUUCCAAACAGUUAAAUACUUCAGGAAAUGGAGAUGAAAGCAUUCAACCUGAGCAAUCAAGCUCUGCCAGAGCUUGGACAGUAAAUGGAGCUAAUGGGCUCAAAGAAGAAAGUUCUCAUGAAAUCGAUCAUGCUACAUGUAAUACAUCUCAGCAAGGUAAAGUGCAAAGUAAUGCAUCUACAGCUGAUGAAAUGUCCGGAGUUAGCAAACAAGACAAUCUUAAAGAACGAUUGGUCAAUUCUAAUGCAUCACUUGCUACUGGCUUGGAGCAAAAUAAUGGACGAACUAAUGCGGAAAACUCAUCAGGCCUUAACCCUACUCCUUCCGGACCUGGAAAUGGCACUGUUGAGGGUGGGCUUGAGUUACCUUCACUACAGGGUGAUGGUUCUACUAGUCCCGUUAUAUCCUCAAAUGGAGCAAUCACAGAAGGCAUUAAAGGCCACAGAUAUGUGGAAGCGUCUGCUAGACAGUUUAAGAUUGAAAGAGAAGAAGGCGAAAUAUCUCCAAAUGGAGAUUUUGAGGAGGAUAAUUUUGCAAACUAUAGAGAAGCCGGUUCAGAGGCUGUUAAAAAACCAAAAAAGGAUGGUGUGUCUGGCAGGCAACCUAAAGGCAGACAUGGGGAGGAAGAAAUAUGUGGUGGAGACGCAGGUGGAGAAAAUGAGGCUGACGCUGAUGAUGAAGGCGAGGAAAGUGCUCAUAGAUCAUCAGAGGAUAGUGAAAAUGGUUCUGAGAAUGGUGAGGUCUCUGGGAGUGAAUCUGGUGAGGGAGAGGAAUGUUCUCGAGAAGAGCGAGAGGAAGAUGGGGACAAUGAUGAGCAUGAUGCUAAGGCCGAGAGUGAAGGUGAAGCUGAAGGGACGGCCGAUGCCCAUGAUGAUGAAGGAGAUGGAACAUCUUUACCGCACUCGGAGCGUUUUCUACUUACUGUAAAGCCUCUUGCUAAACGUGUGCCCCCAGCUUUACUUGACAAAGAGAAGGACUCUAGGAUUUUCUAUGGAAACGAUUCCUUCUAUGUACUCUUUAGGCUUCACCAAACACUAUAUGAGAGAAUACAAUCAGCAAAGAUUAACUCGUCAUCAGCAGAGAAGAAAUGGCGGGCAUCAAAUGAUACAAACACUACUGAUUUGUAUGCUAGAUUCAUGAAUGCACUUUACAAUUUACUCGACGGAUCUUCUGACAACACAAAAUUUGAGGAUGAUUGUCGAGCAAUCAUUGGGACUCAGUCAUAUCUUCUUUUCACAUUAGACAAGCUGAUAUACAAGCUUGUUAAACAGCUCCAAACAGUUGCUGCUGAUGAGAUGGAUAAUAAACUCGUCCAACUUUAUGCAUUUGAAAAAUCUAGAAAAUCAGGAAGAUUCGUGGAUGUAGUGUAUCACGAAAAUGCCCGCGUUCUUCUUCAUGAUGAGAACAUUUAUCGCAUAGAAUGUUUUUCUUCACCAACCCGUGUGUCUAUUCAGCUCAUGGAUUAUGGGAAUGAUAAGCCUGAAAUGACAGCUGUUUCUAUGGACCCCAAUUUUUCUGCUUAUCUGCACAAUGAUUUUCUCACCGUUCUUCCUGACAAAAAAGAGAAGUCUGGGAUCUUCUUGAAGAGGAACAAACGCAAAUAUUCGAGUAGUGACGAUCUGUCUGCUAUUUGUCAGGCCAUGGAAGGACUUAAAGUCGCCAAUGGUCUGGAGUGUAAAAUAGCUUGUCAUUCAUCCAAGGUAUCAUAUGUUUUAGAUACAGAGGACUAUUUGUUUCGGACAAGGAGAAGAAAAAUUUCGAACAGUUCUUGCUAUUAUAAUCAAGCUAGGUCUAGUGGUUCAAGUAGAGUAGAGCGGUUUCACCAAUUGCUCUCUGGCUCGUAAUUUGCCUUCUUUUGACCGUCAAGUAUAUAAGUAGCAAUUUGAACGCAUUGUAUGCACCAGUGCCGGAGAUCUGGAAAAAUCGAGGUGCUGAGCCAAAACAAGCUUUGUGGAAUUAUUUUGUAUUAUCAUAUUUUCCGCCUCUCCGGCCAAAAUAAAGAAAUGAGGAGAGGGAGAUAUGGCUCGAAAGUAGUAUAUACUUUCAGUCGGCGUUUUGAGCCGCAUUCUUGUAAAUAGAAGGUAAUUUGUGUUGUAAACUUCAGAUGCUCAUUUAAUUCAUCAAUCAUUUUUGGUAACCUUAUCUUUU